UUUCACAUCGAAUCCCUCCCUUUCUCCCCACUCACUCCGGUGCGGUGUUUGAUACUGAAAGGUAAAGAUGCAAAUUCAUCCUGAGACUUGACCAUUGAUGAGCGGAUAUUUCAGGAGGCAGGCUGCGCACACAGCCUGUCCAAGCAGCUUCCUAUGGCAUGGACACUGACAGCAGCUAUGACUCUGACUGCAGGCCUCAGCACAGCAUGAUAAGAUCAGUUCACACUCCUGUAUUUCCAGUGGACAGACAGUGAGGACCAGCUGCCAGUAUGAGAUGUGUGUAGGGGACCAGUGGUGGUGUUGUGGCCUCAGGCGGGAUGCUGCUGACCGCUGGUCAGUAUGACUCUGCUGGACCUGUGGCUGUCGCACUCCAUCCCCAUGUGCCUGCUCCUUCAGAGCCUUGUCCUGAUGGCCCUGUGCUUUCCCUCGGCUAGCAUGUGUCCAAAGGGAUGCAUCUGCCAACGUGACUCCCACCUCCAUGGCUUCAAUGUUACCUGCAGUCAGUCACGCCUCAAAGAGAUCCCCCCCAGCCUCCCAGCUGACACCGUCCUGCUGAGGCUAGACCACAACCAGAUAGGAGCUGUGCCUGACCAGGCCUUCCAUGGAUUGAGGCUUUUGAGGGAGCUCAACCUUUCAUACAAUGCGGUGGAGACUUUAGGAGAAGGGGCCUUCAGUGGCCUAGAAGGGACUUUACAGGUGCUGGACCUCUCCCACAACCGCAUCACUAGCGUACACAAGGAAGCCUUUGCUCGGCUCAAGGCUCGUGUUAUUGUGGAUGAUAACCCCUGGCAUUGUGACUGCGCCCUCCAGCAGGCUAUUGGCGGAAUGGCUCAUAACCACGAGGCUGCAGCCCGUGUUCUCUGCAGGAGCUCGGAGCUUCAUGACCAGGAGGGAAGACCAUACUUGGCAGUGGAUACUGACCUGUGUAACCUGGCCAAAAGGACCACAGACUAUGCUAUGCUUGUGACCAUGUUCGGUUGGUUUGCCAUGGUCAUUUCAUAUGUGGUGUAUUAUGUUCGUCAAAACCAGGAGGAUGCCCGACGCCACCUGGAGUACCUCAAGUCUCUCCCCAGCAAGCCCAAGAAACCCGACGAGGCUGAUGACAUCAGCACCGUGGUCUGACAGCAGUGUCAGAGUGACUGUAUCCACCACAAACCUAAUGAACACCAAAAUAUUUAUGUAUCAGGACCCGCAUUUUUAGUGUUUACUAUUUCAAACUUAGGUGAUGUGAGCAUCAAAACUCCUGAGUUUUGGAAAUUUUGUUAUACGUGCUUACCACAGUGUGUUCAUGAAAGAUCUGAAAUAAUAUGAGAAGGGAGGCCACAAAGUCCAAUAGUCUAACCCCAACAUGGUCUUUUCUACAAAAUUACUUAUGGAAUUUUGAAAAUUUGAAUCUCAGGUUUAAAUAUUGGCAUGAUAAUGGAUUUUUUAAAUGAAAAUUUGCAAUAUGUGAUCAAAGAAAUAUAUUUCUUAUAUAUUAAGACAACACCCUAUACACCAUUUACUAGAGCUCUUGUGUUAGUAUCUCACUGACUUUUGCAGACACUUGCUAUAACAAUUGCAUGUUUAAUGCUUUUCACAAUAAACAUUUAAAUAUGACUCUUUACAAAUUGACAGCUCCAGACAGAAUUUUAAGCAUUUUUAAAUCAGACCAUUUCAUCUCUAUUGUGUAAUAUUUUAGACCAUUAAACCUGCAUAUGAGGUAUACAGGCACUGGAUAUAAAGUAAUGUCCCCCUGCCUUCCGUGAGCUGUGGUGGAUUGUUUUUGGUUCAGACAAUCACAAUUAAGACAAAUACAAGACAGACAAGUUGGCAAAAACUACUGACAUCUCACAUCAAGGCUAUGGACAAGAGCUAUGGGAGCCCAGUUAUGACCAGAAAAUCAAAUUAAAGUAAAGUUAGGAAUGAUUAAAAAUAAAAGUGCUCACUUAAAAUAAUGUGAUACUAAGUAAAUGUUUGAUGUUCUAGGUGAAAGUUCUGAGAUACUAAAUCAAGAUUAUGAUUUAUUGAUUCAAAAUUCAACAUUAUUCAUUCUGUGGAGAUAAUAUCACCCCAGUUGGUGAUGUUUUUCAGUAACCACAUGGCCCAUUGUGUAUUGUGUCUUAUAUACAGUAUAAACAUACUGAUGAAUAAUGAUGCUUCAUAUUUAGGAACAAGGCUUUUAAGCUAAAAAAAAAAAAAAAAGACUUGGCAGCUUGGUUGCUCCUGUGUAGCACUGCUUUUUAUUGGUGAGGAGUUCAGCCUACUGGUAGCGGAGGGUUUCUGGGAAAAACUAAGGCGACAUAUUGCUGGCUUCUUUAUAAAAACAAAUUCUGCUAAAUUCUUUGCUCUAAUGGUUUUUUAAAAUAGUGAUAUCCUUUUCUUAAUAAAACAGAUAUUUUCUUGUUUUAUUGACAUUUUUCAAGUGAGAUGUUGUAGCCUACACACCAAACUGUAACAUCUUGCACAGUUUCAUGACCAUUCCAAUUAUAAAGUAGUCUAUAAAUAAUGAUGAAAUGGUAUUCUGGAGCAUGGUGGUACCAGUGGGGCAGUUGCCAGUUAUGCCAGUCACUGAGUAGACCAUAGAGCCUACAGCUGACCUACAACACCAGGGAAAGUGGAGAACUCUAAACUAAUCUUCACAAGAUCAAGUUCAAUAGCGUAUAAACAGUAUUAAAAUGAAUUGAACAUCUAUAUGUUCUGUGAUAGAACCAGAGCUGUAAACGUCAUGGGAUUUGGGUUGUGGUGACAUGCAAUGUUGUGCAUGGAUACCCUAGAAGAGCGCCGUUCAUUGAACUCAUGUUUUCCAUUAACGGUGAACUCUAUGGAUCAACUAAAUAACAUGAAUAUAAGCGGUAAUGUGCAGGGUGGUGAGCAUGAAGGGCAAAGGCUUCAUUCAAUAUGGAGAACAACUGUAAUAACAAUGUUCUAUAGCUCAGUAAUACAGAGCAGUGGCAAAACGAUGAGUUCACUGGAAGAAGAUGGUCAGAGCUCCGCUGGCAAAUAUUGUCCAGAUAGGUAUACAGUAUAUCACUAAUAUCCACAGUACAGAAAUAAUUCCCCAAAUGAAUGAAUCAAUUGAAUAGAAGUGGUUUAUUAGCUACUUCAAACCUGUAUUAACUAAAUUUCCUUCCUUCCCUUUUGGGUGUCCUUGUGAAGCAGAGCUGCAGUGGGCAAAAUACUGUACCUGAGCCCUAUUUGGUUAUUUCAGGUGUAUUUUAAUGCACAUGUGAUGAAGUGGUUAACAAAAAUUUGUAAAAAUGUUAAAAAUAUCAUGUAUGCUGCACCUGGUGCACUACAAAAAUUCUGCUUCAAGCGACCUUCUUUUUGUUUUUUGCAAUUAUACCCAGUGCAAGUGGCAAUUCAGGCAUCAGGGUUCGGGAUGGACAUGUAGGUGGAGGUUCUACUGAAAAAACGUUUCCUGCUGCUCAGAGCAGCCCAGUUAGAAAAUUAAAACCGAAGAAAUAAGCAUGAACUAGUUCAUCGCUGGGAACAUGAACUUAGUUCAAAACUCAAAAUUGUGAAUGAUGAAUGUCAACGAGUUCAUUUUAUUGUGUGUGAACUGAACUUUGAGCUAGCUCUUGCGAAGUGUGAACUUGCACAACACUGAUGAUAUAUGUAGCAAUGUAUUAUCAGUUUGUCAUCAAUGUUACAUGAAAAACUGUUUAAUCUUCAGUCAUUUCUUACUGAUAUCCUUCCACAGCUGAACUGCACUAUGCUUAUGUCAUAUCAGUCCCUUUAACAGUGGGUGUAUCGAGGCAUCUCUGUACACAGCACCAACAAUAAUGCAACCAUAUCUUCAAUCAUAGUCUUAACCAAGGAACAGUUGUUUCCUCCUAUGAAUACAUGGCAAAAUGUUUUCGAUAUAUAUAAGUAUAUAGUAUUUCUUUUCAAUUGUUUCUUCAAACUCACUGCAAUUUGACUUCUUUUCUUUAAUAUUGGCCAUGUCAAAGGGGCUUUGUCAAAGGGAUGACAGACAUCAGAGACACUGUAGCUGUGUGUCAUCUCAGCAUCGGUGUCCUCUGACGUCUGUUUGGAACCAAAUAUAUCAAGUCAACACAGGAUGUCCAGCUUAAAGGUUUUCCCCAAUUUUGGCCACAAACAAACAAAAAAACCCAAAUUUUCUCUGAAUUUGGAGGACAAACUAUAUGUUUCCUUUGCGUUCUUCAGAGUCUCAUCAGUUCAUGUCUGUCUGGUUUGGCUCUGAACAACCACACUGUCGACCAUCAGGUUAAUGCAGGAGUUGUCAUGGUUUCAAACUGGCCAAACUGCUUAUGUGAGCACAUCAGUUUCUGUUUCAUUUCUAACAUGUUUAUGCCCAUAAACAAACAUGAACAUUAACAAAUUCGACUUUGGACAGGUUGUUGUCGUGUUGUACUGUACGUUUCUUCCUUUGGUUUGUGACGUCUACGUUCUGUGUUCCUGUUGUCCUCAGUUAGCUGUUGUUAGACUCAGUCUGUACUGAUUAGAAGCACAAGACUAAAUGUCCGUUUCAGUGGACUCUUAUUGAUGUUUUGUGGUUACUGGAGUCCUUCAGAGUCAGAGCUGGCACUUGUUUCAGUUUGCUUCCCCAGUAAACAACUCCAUUUCUUUCUUACCAGGCCCCUUUUUAAGGGGAGGACAGAUUCAUCAAACAUGGAGAUGGCAGACUACAGUAUACCAUUAUCUCAGUCAUGACAAAUCAACACAAACAUCCCUAGUUUGAGUCAAGCUGCCAAUGCAUGCACCGUUUCCCUUUAAUAACGCUGGGCACAGUAGCGGGUGAAGAGAAAAUUGAUGCUGUCAUUUUCUCAAAUGGCUUUGCUGCCAUCAUAGUUACUGGAGCCCACGGAAACACAGGAUCUGAGAAAACCUAGGAAAGUCACACAAAACACAGGUUUGAUAUGUAAAGUACAGGAAAAUAAACAUUUCACCAAAAAUAGCUCAUUUCUUAAAUAUUACCUGCUUCACAUAGUAACCUAAAGAGCUCCUUCACAUGUUUGGUGACAUACUGGAUACUGGGUGUUGGUGGUAUCUUGUGAUGUUUCAGUUUGUGUGUUUGUCAUAGAAUUUGUACAAUAAUAGUUGUUAAAAUGACAUCUUAGAGUCUUAGAGGAUAUGCAAUGAGAAUACAUAGAUAGAAAACACUAGGAUCCCAUGUAAAUAAGAACAUUGGUGUAUUGUGAAAUACUUGAAAUCCCGUUAAUUGGUUGUUCUUUAAUGUGCUCCACCUGUUGUAGAGGCAACCUUUUACUCCUCAUGACAGGAUCAAGAUCAUCUACAGUAUAAAAUGCAUGUACAAUGGAAUGAAGCACAGUGUAGCCAAGGACUCACAGUAUUUCUAAGUGCCUAAAUACUUCUUUCACCAUUAUAGAAUUUUUAUUUCCAUCUUUGUCAUCCAUUGGUCUUUGUUCUGAACAGUCUUCUCAAUGUUGAGUGUAUUUGUUGAUUUAGGUUUAUUUUGCAAGUUAUAAAAGAGAAACCGUAUCAAUUAUAUUGAUGUAAUAAGCUGAUAAAUUGAAUCAUAGUACCAUGUUGCAGUUUUCCAUGCACAACAGUGCAAUGUGUGUUCACAGUUGACAAUGAAAAUGUUAGCACUGACUAUCAUGGUUGUGUUGUAAUGGCAUGAAAUACAGAAAAUAAAAUAAAAGACAUAUGUAUUAGUUCAUGGUUUAUUUUAUCUCUUGAAAUACACAAUGCCAGACAGUAAUUCAUUACAGAUAUUUUUCCGGAAUUAGGUUUUUAACACAACAGGUGGUGUUUGUGUUGGUCUGGCCGUGUUUUUAAGAUGCAAGAACAUUGUCCAAAUUUUUUUUUUUUUCAGUCAGUGGGUAAAUUAGUGGGAAGCUAAGGUCAAAUGUUGUCCCAAAGACCCUUCUUUAGGACAAGAUACAUUUUAAAUGGAAUAAUGCCUGUUCAAAGUAUAACU